AUGGCUGCAUUGAGUUCAGAUGCUCUGAUUCCAAUAGUAGUGAUAAUUGUAGUUAUCGUUGUGAUUGUUGUAAUCGUGUUGAUUUGUUGCUUAUGUCGAAAGUGUAAUCAAUGUGCCAGAUGGUCACGCCGAAAAGCAUAUGCACGAGAAGACGAGCAGCAUGAACAACAAAAAGCUGAGAGACAACGCCAAUUUGACGAAGCUCAAAUAGAACGUAAUGAAGUACGUAAUCAAAUUCGUGCCAAAUACAAUUUAAAUAACGGCAAAAUGAACGUCGCUGUUAUUCCAUAG